AUGGGCGAGCGGGUGCUGCUGCAUGUGUACGACCUGUCGCCGAUGAAUGCAUACGCCUACGAUUUCGGGUUCGGUGCUUUUCAUAGCGGGGUGGAAGUGAACAGCGUGGAGCACACGUUUGCAGGGAACGAGAGCUCAUCCUCAGGCAUAGUUCGCCAUCCGCCCAAGCAGGUUCCCUCCGCUCGCUUCCGGAUCAGCAUCGACAUGGGCGAGACGAACAAGUCAAGCUCGGAGAUCGAAGCGGAGCUUGCGUUCUUGGGGCAGCACUUUCAAGGGAACACGUAUCAUCCCGUGAUGAAGAACUGUAAUCACUUCUCGGAUGCGUUCUGUCAAGCUCUUGUUGGCAAGCGGAUUCCUGGUUGGAUCAACAGAUUGGCAAACAUGGGAUCAUGCUUCUCGUGUCUCCUUCCCACCGGUAAUAGGAGCUAUGAUUGA